AGGAUCAAAAGCAAAAUUAUCAAAUGAUAAAAUGGAUUUAGAUUAAAAAUUUCAUUUUAAUGUAGUUAAGAUUUUAAUUUUAUUCAGUUGUGUGAGUGGUGUUUUGUGGAGUGACGGUGCUGUUUUAGGAUAAUAAAUAGAGGAUAAAUAAUAAUAGAGAUGCGUUUACUUAUCUGCCUGACUCUGUUGGGCUUAGUCUGCGGGAACCCCGUGCAACUGACAGACAACAGCAUCGCCCUACAAAACACGUAUGACAACUACGUUCUGCCAGGGGAGUCAUUCCCGACCUUCUACGAUGUCCAACUUUUCUUUGACCCUGAAUACGAAGCGUCCUUUAAUGGCACAGUAGCAAUAAGAGUCGUGCCGAGAAUUGCUACACAAGAGAUUGUCCUGCACGCUAUGGAAAUGGAGAUACUGUCUAUCCGUGCUUACUCAGACUUGCCAAGUGAUGAGAAUAAAAAUUUGUUCUCAAGCUACACUUUGGCUACUGAUGACACGCAUCUUCUGAAGAUUCAGUUCACUAGAGUUCUUGAUGCACUGCAGCCAAUCACAGUUGAGAUCUCGUACUCGGCUCAGUACGCGCCCAACAUGUUCGGAGUCUACGUGUCCAGAUAUGUGGAGAAUGGAGCUACUGUGUCGCUGGUGACAUCCCAGCUGCAGCCCACGUUCGCUCGCCGCGCGUUCCCGUGCUACGACGAGCCGGUCCUGAAGGCAGUCUUCCGCACCACCAUCUACGCGCCGCCGGCGUACAACGUGGUCGAGACCAACAUGCCUUUGAGGACCGAUAGUUUGAAGUCCGACCGGCCAGGCUUCGCCAAGCACGAGUUCCAGGACACCCUGGUGAUGUCCAGCUACCUGCUGGCCUACCUGGUCUCCAAGUUCGACUACAUCUCCAAUGAAAACAACCCCACCUACGACAAAUCCAUGAAAGUGUUCUCGAGACCAGGGACCCAGAACACGGCAGAGUUUGCUUUAGACUUCGGACAGAAGAACAUGGUAGAACUGGAGAAGUAUACUGAGUUUCCUUACGCCUUCCCGAAGAUCGACAAAGUGGCGGUGCCAGACUUCGCCGCUGGUGCCAUGGAGAACUGGGGACUGGUUAUUUACAGAGAAAUAGCGCUGCUAGUGCAAGAAGGCGUGACGACAACCUCCACCCUGCAGGGCAUCGGCCGGAUCAUCUCGCACGAGAACACGCACCAGUGGUUCGGCAACGAGGUGGGGCCCGACUCCUGGACCUACACCUGGCUGAACGAGGGCUUCGCUAACUUCUUCGAGAGCUUCGCUACUGACCUUGUGCUCCCAGAAUGGCGGAUGAUGGACCAGUUCGUCAUCAACAUGCAGAACGUGUUCCAGUCGGACGCUGUGCUCUCCGUCAACCCGAUGACGUUUGAAGUGCGCACCCCGUCGCAGAUCCUCGGCACCUUCAACUCUGUCGCUUAUCAGAAGUCUGGGUCAGUUAUUCGCAUGAUGCAGCACUUCUUAACGCCAGAAAUCUUCCGAAAGAGUCUUGCUUUAUACAUUUCCAGAAUGUCUCGCAAAGCCGCCAAGCCAACUGACCUGUUCGAAGCGAUCCAAGAAGUAGUGGACGCGUCAGACCACAGCAUCCGCUGGCGUCUGUCCAUCAUCAUGAACCGGUGGACCCAGCAGGGGGGAUUCCCCGUAGUCACCGUCAGGCGGUCAGCGCCCUCCGCACAGUCAUUUGUUAUCACUCAGCGGCGCUUCCUCACAGACAGCACCCAAGAGUCCAACACGGUGUGGAACGUGCCUCUCAACUGGGUGCUCAGCACUGACGUGAACUUCAACGACACGCGCCCCAUGGCCUGGUUGCCGCCCCAGCUCGCGGCCGAGGCGGUCCAGGUCCCUGGGCUCCAGAACGCCGAGUGGUUCAUUGUCAAUAAGCAACAGACUGGUUACUACCGUGUAAACUACGACCCUGAAAACUGGAGGGCUCUGGCUAAGGUCCUGAAUGACACGCAUGAGAUCAUCCACCUACUGAACCGGGCUCAGCUCAUCGACGACUCAUUCAACCUGGCCAGAAACGGACGUCUUGACUACAGCUUGGCCUUCGACCUGUCCCAGUACCUGGUACAGGAGCGCGACUACAUCCCGUGGGCCGCCGCCAACGCCGCCUUCAACUAUCUCAACUCCGUGCUGAGCGGCUCUUCUGUACAUCCCCUGUUCCAGGAAUACCUUCUCUUCCUCACCGCGCCGCUUUACCAGAGGCUUGGCUUCAACGCCGCCACCGGCGAAGAGCAUGUCACUCCCUUCCAUCGCAACAUCAUCCUGAACAUCAACUGUCUCCACGGCAAUGAGGACUGCGUCAGUACCGCCGAAAAUCUGCUGCAGAACUUCAGAGACAACCCAACUCAAACUCUGAACCCGGAUAUCCAGACCACGGUGUUCUGUUCUGGUCUGCGCGGCGGAGACGUGGAUAACUUCAACUUCCUGUGGGCGCGGUACACCGCCACACAGGACUCCAGUGAACAGUCCAUUUUGCUGAACGCUCUGGGAUGCACGUCUAAUGCCGAUAGGAGGGACUUCUUAUUCAGCCAAGUUAUUGCAUCAGAUUCCCAAGUGAGAGAACAGGACAGACAUUCAGUUCUCGUGUCUGCCAUCAACUCAGGCCCCGACAACAUGAACGCAGCUUUGGACUUCGUCUUAGAGAACUUCGCUAAUAUACAACCAAACGUACAAGGCUUAACCGGCACUACGAACAUCCUCAAUGCCUUUGCAAGAACACUCACUACUCAGGAGCAUGCCAACAAGAUCGAUGAAUUCUCAAACAAAUACGCCAACGUGUUCACGGCGGGAGAGAUGGCUUCAGUGGCGGCCAUCAAAGAGAACAUCGCCGCUUCCAUCACGUGGAACUCUCAAAACGCUGCUACGGUCGAGGCCUGGCUGCGAAAGAACUUCGGUACUGAUGGAGCAAGCACUGUCAGUGCCUCCAUUACCAUUAUCAUUUCCGCUAUGGUCGCUAUUUACAAUAUUCUCUAAGUCAUAGAUAUCAUUUUUAUUCUAAGAAUACUUAAGAUGAAAACUAUUUAUUUGAACAUCUGGUGCCUGAUGAGCUACUCUUUGUUAUAAUUUGUUUUAAAAACAGAUAUAAGCUCAAAUUAUAUCAAUAUUUUGAAUCAAAGAACUAGAAUUAAGCAUAAAAAUGGUUAAGUAAAAUAAGAUCUUACUUAAAAAUAUAAUAUAUUUUUAAUACUU